GGGCCGGGCCCGCGGCGGCGGCGGCAGCGGCGGCGGCACAGGGCACCCGACGCGGUUCGGACGCCUGUUGAGCCUCCCACCCGCCUCCAUAAGGCUUUGCCUUUCCAACUUCAGCUACAGUGUUAGCUAAGUUUGGAAAGAAGACCUAAAGAAGACCCCGGGGCCGUUUUCCUUUUUUUGUUUUUGCUACAGUUGUCUCGGUCUUUUUGCACAAAGCUGUUGUGUUUUCAGAGGUGCUCUCUUCAGUUCCUUGCAUUCCUGCUAACAAGCAUCUCCGCAAGAGCAACAGCGGCAGCGGUAGCAGCAAAAGAACGAGUGGGGGUCGCCUUGUGUCAUGACCAGGGCAAGAGAGCAAAACCGCCAGGGAGGAUGCUGUGGAUCCUUAGCAAACUACCUGACCUCUGCAAAAUUCCUUCUCUACCUUGGUCAUUCUCUAUCUACUUGGGGGGAUCGGAUGUGGCACUUUGCAGUGUCUGUGUUUCUGGUGGAGCUCUAUGGAAACAGCCUUCUCCUGACUGCAGUCUAUGGGCUGGUGGUGGCAGGGUCUGUUCUGGUCCUAGGAGCUAUCAUUGGUGAUUGGGUGGAUAAGAAUGCCAGACUUAAAGUGGCCCAGACGUCACUGGUCAUCCAGAAUGUUUCGGUCAUCCUGUGUGGAAUCAUCCUGAUGAUGGUUUUCCUACAUAAAGAUGAGCUUCUGACCAUGUACCAUGGAUGGGUUCUUACUUCCUGCUAUAUCUUGAUCAUCACUAUUGCAAAUAUUGCAAAUUUGGCCAGUACUGCUACUACAAUCACAAUCCAAAGGGAUUGGAUUGUUGUUGUUGCAGGAGAAGACAGAAGCAAAUUAGCAGAUAUGAAUGCUACAAUACGAAGGAUUGACCAGUUAACCAACAUCUUGGCCCCUAUGGCUGUUGGCCAGAUUAUGACAUUUGGCUCUGCAGUCAUUGGCUGUGGUUUCAUUUCGGGAUGGAAUUUGGUAUCCAUGUGUGUGGAAUACUUUCUGCUCUGGAAGGUUUACCAGAAAACCCCUGCUCUAGCUGUGAAAGCUGUUCCUAAAGUAGAGGAAACUGAGUUGAAACAGCUGAAUUUAUACAAAGAAACUGAGCCAAAACCCUUGGAGGGAACUCAUCUAAUGGGUGAGAAAGACCCUGACAUCCACGAGCUUGAAAAUGAGCAAGAGCCCAGCUGUGCCUCGCAGAUGGCUGAGCCCUUCCGCACCUUCCGAGAUGGAUGGGUCUCCUAUUAUAAUCAGCCGGUGUUUCUGGCGGGCAUGGGUCUUGCUUUCCUCUAUAUGACUGUCCUUGGCUUUGAUUGCAUCACUACAGGGUACGCCUACACUCAGGGGCUGAGCGGGUCCAUCCUCAGCAUUUUGAUGGGAGCAUCAGCUGUAACUGGAAUAAUGGGAACUGUGGCUUUUACGUGGCUGCGUCGAAAAUGUGGCCUGGUUCGGACUGGUCUGAUCUCAGGAUUUGCACAGUUUUCCUGUUUGAUCUUGUGUGUCAUCUCCGUGUUCAUGCCUGGAAGCCCCUUGGACUUGUCUGUUUCUCCUUUUGAAAAUAUCCAUUCUAGGUUCAUUCAGACAGAGCCACUUUCAAUUACACCUACAAAAAUACCUGGACUCAUCUCUACAACUGAUAUGUACAUGUCAAAUGGGUCUGAUUCUGCUAGUAUUGUCCCUGAGAUGAGCCCUAAACCUGUGCCUAUAAUCUCUGUCAGUCUGCUGUUUGCAGGCGUCAUUGCUGCUAGAAUCGGUCUUUGGUCCUUUGAUUUAACUGUGACACAGCUGCUGCAAGAAAAUGUCAUUGAAUCUGAAAGGGGCAUUAUAAAUGGUGUACAGAACUCAAUGAACUAUCUUCUUGAUCUUCUGCAUUUCAUCAUGGUCAUCUUGGCUCCAAAUCCUGAAGCUUUUGGCUUGCUCGUAUUGAUUUCAGUCUCCUUUGUGGCAAUGGGUCACAUCAUGUAUUUCCGAUUUGCCCAGAAAACUCUGGGCUCCCGGCUUUUGGUCUGUGGUCCCAAUGACAAAGAAGUUACGGAUGAACAUCAAACUAAUACAUCUGUUGUGUAAGACAGUUUAACUGUUGCUAUCCCUGUUACUAGAUUAUGUAUACAUGUGCUUAUUUUGAACUUCAGAAUUCCAAUAAAUGGCUGGGUGUCUCUCUCUGGUUUUAUCACAGCUAUACCCUGAGGGCUAAAAGCUCUUUAGGAAAACUUAAGCCAGAAGAAAUGAGCUGGUUAAUUUCCGUUAUAUUUAAGGAUAGAGAACAAUAGGGAAAGAAAAACUCAGUUUAAAGAUGGAGAAUAAAAUAGUAACACUGCCUUUUCCUUAUUUCUCACGAGUAUAAGACUUUACGUGAAAGGGUGGCUAGUCACGUGAAUUAAGCUAUUCUUUGGCAGAUAUUUAUUAUCUGUACUAGAAUUAGAUAUAUCGGUUUUCCCUAAAACCCCCUCUUGUUCAAGUCUAGCUAAUUCACUUUUAAAAAUCUUUGUCUCAGUUGUCUCAUAAAAACACAUUUUCUUCCAAGUGUGAAGAUUAAAGUUUGAUAACCAGUAUUAUUCUUAUUGAUCCUGUUGAGCUUAAGGGAUUUACUUCUAUGUGGAAAAACGAAAUGCUUAACUAGAAUUCCCUGAUAGGGUUUGUGGUUUAACUUUAGAGAGCACCUUCAUAUUUUUAUUAUCAGAUAGGGCAAAAUAUUGUAUUAAGUAUAUGAAGCACUUCAUAAAAUGGCUGUCACAUAAGCUGCAGGUAGAAGCAAAGCUAUAGAGUAGAUUUAUAACACAGUAAAUGCAUGAGGACUUCAAACAAGCCAGUAGUUUGGCCACAGAAACCAGAAGUUAAAAGCCACACGGAAGGGCAAGUUUGUAAUUUAACCCAUACGGCUAUCCUUAAUAAGUUCUACCUUAGAAUAGUGAGGGAGUAAGCCUUCAGCCUGGCAAGUAAAAUGUUGCAAGUAAGCCCAUACCUGGAAAGGUUUUGCUUUAUAAAGCAGUUGAUUUAAUAUGCUCCAGUAGAGCAUUUUUACUUUUACUGUUUUGUAGCCAGGAGUUAUUUUUAACUAGUCAUUUUUAACAUGAUCUAGUUGUAGAGCAUGACUGUUCAUAAAUGUAUCCCUUUCAGAUGUCUUUGAGAAGAAUAGAGGUGGGAAAAAACCCUUUGUAUAUUUUUAAAAACUGUUUUACAAGUCAUUUUGCAACAUGCCAGUACCAACGGGGUACUUUGCCUUAACCGUUCAUGCACUUUCAUGGAGACUGCAAUACGUUGCUAUGAGCACUUUCUUUAUCCUUGAGGUUUAAUCUUUUUCUUCUUUCUACAGUAUGACAUAAUGAUUUGCUAUGUUGUAAAAUCUUUGUAAAAUAUUUCUAUAUAAAAACAUUUUAAAAAAAUCUUGAUUUCUUUUUCCUGAAUUGCAUUCCCCACUUUUUCAAUAUUGCUUUUGUUACAGAACAUCUAUUUUGAGUAAUGUAUUUUGUUUUUUGCUCUAUAAAGGACUACAGUUUCAUAAUAAUUC